AUGGAAAAUAUUUUGUUCCUUUCAUCAAACAAUAAUGCCAAAGAUGUAGAACUGACCGACGAUCCAGUUGUGGUGGUAACUGGCGGCAACACGGGUAUUGGGUACGUUACGUGUAGAGAGCUGGCAAGAAAAAAUGCGCAUGUAUUUGUUUUAAGUCGUAGUAUCGAAAGAGGCACAGCAGCUGUUGAAAAGAUUAAACAAGAAACAAAAAAUCAAAAAGUUGAGUUUUUACAAUUGGAUCUACAAAGUUUAAAAUCUGUUAAAGAAUGCGCUGAAUCUUUUUUGGCUCGAAAAUUACCUUUACAUGUUUUGAUCAAUAAUGCUGGUAUAAUGGCAACUAAAUUUUCUUUAACUGUUGAUGGAAUUCAAGAUCAAUUUGGAACCAAUCAUGUUGGGCAUUUUUAUCUUACAAAAUUACUUUUACCAACAAUUGAAGCAUCAGCUCCAUCAAGAAUAGUUAAUGUUAGCAGUAUAGGUCAUAAACUUGCUAAGAAUGGAAUAGAAUUUGAUAAAAUAAAUGAUCCAAAUGCUCAUUCACCAAUAGAACGCUAUGGAGUAUCAAAGCUUUCAAAUAUUUUAUUUACAGUUGAAUUAAAUAAAAGGCUUGAAGGAAAACAAGUUUAUGCCAAUUCUUUACAUCCAGGUAUUAUAGAUAAUUGGGGUAGAUGGGUAGUCCCAUUUCUUAAUCUUGUAAAUUAUGCACUCCUUACACCUGAUGAUGGGGCAUUGACUACAUUAUAUUGUGCAACAAGUCCUGAGAUUGAAGAGAAGAACUUUCAUGGAAAAUAUUUCAUUCCAUUUGGUGUAGAAUCUCUGCCAGGUGAUAAUGGCAAAGACGAAGAACUGGCAAAAAAAUUAUGGCAAUUUACUGAUGAUCUAGUGAAUGAAAAACUAAAAGACAUAAAAUAG